UGAAUGAAGAAAUGGAGGACUAGUUUUAACAAAGCGAGACAGAGACGGAGAGCUAAAGUGAAAGAGAAGAAGAAAGAGAAAACAAGCUGCGGGUGCUAAGUCCACGCGCUCACUGUCAGCGUCUGAUAUCAACAGUUUCGUGUGUUUUUCCCGCCGCUGUGACGGUUUUCUCGGACUUUCUAACACUCCUUAAAGUUUUUUUUUUCUUUUGGUGAAACGACAGGUUAGUGUAGUCUGUUGUCGUGUCAGUUUGGUGUCCCAGUUUGGAGGCAGGCUGUCCCGGGACAGACGCACACAUCUGUAAUAACAGAUACCGUCACAGCCACACAGACACAAGCCUCGGGGGAGGAGGACCGAGCGUGUCACCAUGCCUGUGCGACAGAAAGAUGCUCAGCGAGCCCUGGAGCUUCUUCAGCAGUACAGGACCAAACUUGACCAGAGACAGCAGAACCAGAGGCGGACCAAACAGGGUCCUGUAGAGGAAGACUCCCAGCUGCAGCAGUCCCUGGACAGAGUCAUCGAUGUCUUCCAGAGUCAGCUCUUUAGCGCUCUGCUUGACAUUCAGGAGUACUACGAGCUGAGCAUCCUUGCAGACAGCAAGACUUCUGCAGACGAGACACACAGUCCAUGGACCCCUCCUGCCCCCUGUAACCUGCCAGCAGAGCUGUCAGCCCAGCCACAGUCCCCCUCUGGUCCCCUGAGCCCACAGGCUUCUGGAGGAUCAUCCCAGCCAAAACCCCUGACCCCCAAACCCAAGUCAAUCAAGUCCCAUGCUGCGCCACUCCCAUCCGGCACACCUGCAACAAAGCCAACUUCUCCUACCACACAGUCCUCCACACCGCCGUCACAGCCAGCCAAGGUCAAGUACCGUGCUCCUCUCCCUCCCAUUAAUCUUGAAGCCUCCAAAUCACUGGCAUCAGAGACUCCUUUGCCUUCCUCUCCCUCUGCUGCCCCAUCCCCCGGAGUCACAGCGAAUGGUGUAGAAACCCCUACUGGCUCCAUGAAAACACCUGCUGCAGCUUCCCCGAAUGAAACAAAGCCACGUCUUACUUCCACCAACUCUAAUGUUUCAUCAGCAAGCUCCACCACCUCUGCCAAUCCACAAAGCGACUCUGUCUCUCCAGACCUCAACCUGGUGACUGUCUCAGCCCUUGUCUCCAGCACCAUCCAAGCCUUAGUGUCUCCAACCAUUCCCAACAAACUUAGCCCCACCAGCAACACUCCUGUCACCAGCCCGGGUUUCAACAGAGUCACAGAUGCAAGUGGAGUCUCUACAGCUCUUGUGACCACCAAGGACCCCGGCCAAGGCAAAGUGACUCCCAGCACGAGUCCAACCAGCCCUAAUCAGGGGAUAUUUACCUUCAGCAGCCGCAGCCCCACAGGGCCUCCAGGGCCUCUGACUAAAGGACCUCAUCUGAGUCCAACCAGCCCUGGGCCAGUAAAAGUCACCUUCACUAGCCCGAGCUAUGGUUCAGCCAGCCCAAGGCCAGCUUCAAGUCCACUGACCCCUAUCAAGGUAGAAUCACCUGAGGUUCCCUUUGAUGACGAGGCGUGGCCUCACCCAGAGGGAGAGAGGCUGAACGAAGUCCCAGCCCCGCCUUUCUCUUCCCUCUAUUCACACAGUCACGCCUACUACCAGGCCAACCCCCCUCCAGUGGUGGUCAACACCGACAGCGUCGACACCCCCCCAUAUGUCAAUGGAACAGAAGCAGACUAUGAGUAUGAGGAAAUCACGCUGGAGCGGGGUAACUCAGGACUGGGGUUCAGUAUCGCAGGAGGGACUGAUAAUCCUCACAUCGGGGAAGACCCCUCUAUCUUCAUCACUAAGAUCAUACCUGGAGGGGCUGCAGCCCAGAAUGGACGACUCAGGGUGAAUGACUGUAUAGUCCGGGUAAAUGACACGGACGUCAGGGAUGUGACCCACAGCGGGGCUGUGGAGGCGCUGAAGGAGGCAGGAGGUCUGGUCAGACUCUGUAUACGGCGCAGGAGGAGCCUCACUGAGAGAAUCAUGGAUAUCAAGCUGGUCAAAGGGCCCAAAGGUUUAGGAUUCAGUAUAGCAGGUGGAGUCGGAAACCAACAUGUCCCGGGCGACAACAGUAUCUACGUGACUAAGAUCAUCGAGGGAGGGGCUGCACACAAAGACGGACGGCUACAGAUAGGGGACAAACUUGUGGCUGUAAACGCCUCCUGUUUGGAGGAGGUGAGUCAUGAGGAGGCAGUGGCCGCCUUGAAGUCCACGCCUGACGUCGUUUAUCUUCGUGUGGCCAAACACACCUCCCUUUUUAUCAAUGACAACUUCCCUCCUCCUGACGUCACAAACUCGUACUCCCCACAUCAAGACAACCAUAUAAGCCCCUACAUGAGUGGCAGCCAGUCCGUAAGCCCCGCCCCUCUGACCACACCCAGAUACUCACCUCUGCCUAGGGCCAUGACCGGAGACGACGAUGUCCCCAGGGAACCCAGGCGGGUGGUUCUCCAGCGAGGGUCAACAGGUCUCGGUUUUAACAUUGUAGGAGGGGAGGAUGGAGAGGGAAUCUUCAUCUCCUUCAUUCUCGCUGGAGGUCCAGCUGAUCUCUGUGGAGAGCUACGAAAGGGAGACCGCAUCCUGUCGGUGAACGGUGUGGAUCUGUCCAGUGCAACACAUGAGCAGGCAGCAGCAGCUCUGAAGAAUGCAGGACAGACCGUUACCAUAGUAGCGCAGUACAGACCUGAGGAAUACAGUCGUUUCGAGGCGAAGAUCCAUGACCUGAGGGAACAGAUGAUGACCAGCAGUGUCAGCUCCAGCUCAACGUCGCUCCGCUCCACACAGAAACGCACACUUUAUGUCAGAGCGUUGUUCGACUACGAUGGAAGCGCAACAGACCUGAGUGCGCCCAAUCAGGCCCUGCCAUUUCAUUUCGGGGAUGUCCUCCACGUGAGCAGCGCCGGCGAGGAGGAGUGGUGGCCCGCCCGGCACCUCAGCCCCCCGCCUCCCAACUGCCCUGAAGUCGGAGUCAUCCCCAGCCGCAGGAGGGCAGAGAAAAAGGAGAGGUCGAGGUUAAAGACGGUCAGAGUGACGAGGUCUCAGGAAAGAUCGGAUCAGGAUGAUAAAGAGCUGGUAACCUCUGGCACCAGCGAUAGUGAGAGUAGUUCCUCUGGUCAGGAGGAGACCCUCCUCACCUACCAGCCAGUUAUGCAGCAGGAAGUUAAUUACACACGGCCAGUCAUCAUACUGGGACCAAUGAAAGAUAGGAUCAAUGAUGACCUCAUCUCCGAGUUCCCUGACAAGUUUGGCUCCUGCGUCCCACACACAACACGGCCGCGGCGAGAUUAUGAGGUGGAUGGCAGAGAUUACCACUUCAUGUCCUCCAGAGAGCUCAUGGAGCGAGAGAUUCAGGAACACAAGUUCAUAGAGGCCGGACAGUAUAACAACCACCUGUAUGGAACCAGCAUACAGUCUGUCAGAGAAGUUGCAGACAAGGGUAAACACUGUAUACUGGAUGUAUCAGGGAAUGCGAUAAAGCGUCUCCAGUUGGCAGGCCUUCAUCCCAUCGCUGUCUUCAUUAGACCACGCAAUGUCGACAAUAUCCUAGAGAUGAACAAGCGUUUCACUGAGGAGCAGGCGAGAAAGACCUUCGACAGAGCUGUCAAACUGGAGCAGGAGUUCACAGAGUUCUUCACUGCUAUCGUCCAGGGCUCGUCUCUAGAGGAGGUGUAUUCGCAGGUAAAGCAGAUCAUUGAGGAGCAGUCUGGUCCGUACAUCUGGGUGCCCACCAAGGAGCGCCUCUGAAUAAACACACACACACGAUUACGCACAUCACUCCUUCAACACUUCCUAUGUCUCUGAUUUUCUAUUAUCAGCCUGCUUCCUCUCUCUCUCUCUUGUACACACAUAAUGACACACUUACACACACAUUUACACAAGCACAUAAAGUCGGAUGAGGCUGGGACUAUCUGGGACUGCGACUUCCUGAAGUGGGAGGGGCUAAUGUCUGUCCAGCAGCCUAUUGGUGGAUCUUCCUACAGCUCAGUUCCUUAAUGUUUAAGGAGGUGGUUCAAAUCAAGGCGACACGUACCAUUAUCUGAUUUGAUUUCAUUAUUGUUCUUCUUAUUGUUGUUGUCGUUGUUGUUUUCAUAUUAACGAAGGGUAAUGCAUUCAUGUAUGGGUUUGUAAUGAUAAUAUUGUCACCAAGAGGCAGACUUUUGCACGCUGUAGCUUUAAGAGCAUGUUUUUGGGACAAAAUCUUGAUCUCCUUCCCAGUCUGUCUGUCUGUCUUUCCUCAUGGCAUCACUCCUGUUUAGUCUUUUUCUAUCUUUCUCUCAUAUCCCAUCCCUUACUUCCUCCUCCUUUCCCAUUUAGACUACAGACUUUAGAUAUGAGCUGAAAAUAUAAAUUGUGCCCCAACAUUUUGGUGUCAAGGGUCAGAAUUAAACAAUUAUCGUUUAGAGACAUAGCACCAAAGUAGUCGAAACAAAUGUAGGAUUUCUAAGAUUGAGACUCUUGUUGAUAUUUCUAAUAACAAGCAGAAAUUCUCAAUCAGAACUUAAGUAGAAAACUAAAUUAGAUAAAAUAAUAAAAUAAAAUAAAAUAAAAUAAAUAAAUUACGGAGUCUCAUAAUGACUUAGGAGUCAUUUGGAGCCCUGAGCCCUUAUAUCUCAAAUAUCAGAGAAUUAUGCUAAGUUUGCUAAAAGUAAAGGUUAGGACACAUUUAUCAAGCGUCUCACUCCUGUUUAUGGCAGAGUGUAGGAGUUACCUUUAAGAGCAGCCCGACAGUGAUCGCAUGUGCAAAGUCGUAACACUCAAUCAGAGAUAAGAGUUUACAGAACAAGUGCGCUAUUCAUUAAAUACUAAAAAUGCUUAAAGUUCACUUAAUGUUAUUUUGUUCUGCAAAAAUAUGAUAUUUUAAUUGUUAAAGUCAAUUUUAAUUGUAAAAAACAAUGACAUCAAUGUCAUGUGUCUAAGCUCCUGGAAAUUUGCAACAAAAGGACACAAAAAAAUUGUCUUUUUUUAUGCAAUACAAGCUUAAAGUCAAGGAACCCAAUGUAUCUGACACUGUAAACACGAGUGCCAUCGCUUUCCAACCGAGUAGCACACCCUUUACCAUGGCCUAUGGUAUGAUAACAUUAGCGAAAAUGAAAAUUAAACUGAAGCAGCAAAGAAAAUGUUGUUGUUGGUACACCAGAGAAAACAGACAACUAUGUUAAUUUAGUGCUACAUUAAUGGAUGUUGCAAAUGAAGAUGCAUGAAAAGUGUUGGCAAACAAAAUUAGUGAUGGUUUCAUUGUUGUUGUUUGCACCCUGAUAAACACAAGAAACAAAGAGAAGAAAGGUAGUGUAGAAUCCUAUUGAAUGUUCAAAUCCAAUGCAAAUGAUUGGCUGAAACGAGUUUAAGAGUGUUUUUUAGUUUUCAUGUUUUAUAAAAGGGGGGGUGUUAAGUCCAGUUUACUUGAAGCUGUUUGAAUAAUAUGGGCCCAGAUCCUCCAUUUAAAUAUAAAAUCUUGUAUUACCCAAGUCUUCAUCCAACACGGGCUUCUCUGCCUCCCCUCCUCUUCUUCCUCCUCUUCCUCUUCGUCCUAUCUGUCUCAUGCCUUCAUCUCUCUCCUCCUCUCCUUCUCCACAUUCACAGUGUGACAUUGGUCGAGCACUCCGGCAUCAAACAGUGUAUCAUCUUCUUCAUCAACACUAUCAUCACGAUCAUAAUCAUCAGCAUUGUCGUUAUAGCUUUCCUUCUUACUGUAGUUGCACUAAUGUGGGCUGGUUUCUUAAAAGCAUCUUUGGGUGACAGAACAGAUCCCAGUGAUUCUGGUAUUAUGAAGUGAUAUACUUACCUUUCUUUAAGCUGUCAGUGAUUAUUAUGGUGGUUUGAGAGAGCUCACGAGGUCAAGGAACCCCUUAUGGCCAUUUGCGGGAUGUCAUGUUACUGUUAUGUGAUGAAAGACAUCCUCUUGCAACACUUUCCUGGAUAUAUAAGUUUGAGCCUUCAGUGUGUAUCAGUAACACCUGAAACUAGCUCCAUUUGUGCUCUGUACGUCACUCCGUGGUACAGGUACAUGGUGGCCAAUCAAACUGUUAUGUUUUUGCCUGUUAUACAGCAAUGGGUUGCAUCAUCAAAGGUGUUUUCAUGACCAAACAGAUGACUAUAGUCUGCCCAGAAGGAUCCAGUUUCAGAAAAAUGUUUAAAUUUUGAAACAUGGUUUCCCGCCUUAUGCAGCCUACAGCAUGCAGCUUCAAGGUACAAGUAUCCUAUCGAUGCUGGCUGUUAGUCACGCGACUGGCUUUGCAUUUCUGUUGACUGAGGUGAACACACCUGUCGCAGAACAUAUUAAACUUUAACUCAACUGAACACAGAAACAGAAAAGGAAAAAAAUCAUCACCUUGCAGCAACUUAAAAAACAACUUUUCCUCUCCUUGUCUUUUUCAGCACUGCAGCUGUUUUAUUGUCCUAUUCUUUUUUUUAUCUGGCCAAUUUACAUGUGCUAAACGCUUUUAGUAGUGAGGCAAACAUUUAAUGUUUCAAGGAAGGUAGUGCACAUUUUUGAGAUCUCAAAAAUACCUUUGGAGGCACAACCUUCUGCUGGGAGGCACUUAAAAAAUAGCAAUUUGGCUUUCCCCUUUAAGUGUCAAUAAUCAAUAUUUUUAUAAUAACAAUGAAUCAAAUGACAAUGUGAAAAAAAUAUGGCAAUGUGAACUGGGAAUUAUCAGCUGACUCUGCAGCUCACCUCGCCUUUACAGAGCUUUAUAGCAAGUUUGAGUUUAAUGGUUAGCUGUACGGCCCGCAACUUUUUGCACUAUUUUGGUUCACUCUCAGUGCUCCGAUAGUGUGUUUUGCAGCAGCAGGCAGCUGUUUUCAGUGAAAAAGUUCUAAAAACCCACUUGACACCACCUGCUUAGCACCACACAGACACAGUAAGUGACUAACUGUCAAAUAUACUGGAGCAUUUAGCAGCGAAAGAGCUAGAUAUUUUCUUCAGCAGUUGAUGGAGACCAAAAAUGGAGCGAAAAGAGAGUGAAGUCACAAAUGGGGUUUACCUAAAACAUGACAUAUGUAGUCAAGUGUAACAUUUGAAUACCGAGAUGCUUUUGGUAAAACAGCCUCUGUAUGGACCUUGUCAGCCACCCACUACCCACUACCCAUCUCCACCCUCAACCCCCGAGGCGACUCCUCCAAGCUGACUGGAGACCAGGGUCAUCCAGAAAGACCGUUCUGUCAACAGAGUAGCUCUUAGAUCCAAAUAAUAAAUAGUUUUGACCAUACGUGUUUUGAAAGCUUUAAUAUUUCCUCACAGAAUGUCCAGCUCAAUGACUUCUUGCCAUCUAUAAUCCUCUAUGAAUCCUGUAAACCAGUGGUGUUGUCAGUUGACAGAACUGGACUCUUUCUGUGACUCUGACUGUGUGUUUUAGCCUGGGGACCAUGCCACUGUCUGUUAGAGUAAAGCACCGAUGCAAAGAAUCUAUUACAGAGAUGGAUCUACAGUAUAUCUAACAUAUUAUAAUAUUUAUCCCUGCUCUAACUGCCUAUUUUGGUACAAAAAAAUAAAAGUCUUUAUUGAGA